AUGGCGGAACAUUUUUCAUCAGAUUUAUGCAAUGAUAUCGGAAACCUUUUCUCUAGCGGAUAUGAUUAUGAUGUAAUCAUCCAAGCUGGGGAAGGACAAAAUAUGAAAGAAUUAUUCACGCAUUCUUUGAUUCUAGGAGCUAGGUCAAUAUACUUUAAGGCCGCUUUUUCAAAGAAAUGGGCAAAAAAAGAAAAUGGAUACAUUGCAAGAGUAGCAGUUAAUUUUCAAGCAUUUGCUAUUUAUAACCGUUUAGACAUUGGACCAGCCUUUGGUGGUGGAUGGAAUUUAGGUAUUCAAAGUAACAUCAUGAGUAAAUGUAAUGGUUAUACUUAUCCUGAAGUGGAUAAUAUUUUUGCUGAUAAAAAUAAUAUUAAAAAAAAUGUUUUCGAUUAUGAAGUGUUUCAGCAAAUCGCCCUGCUCAAUGAUUGUGUGAUUCCAAUUUGUUAUACAAUGUCAGGACAUCAUCACACAGAUAAAGAUGUCUUUUUCGUUGAUUCUAGUGCAAGUAUUAAAAUUGAAGUCUUACAUUAUCCUCCCGCUAAUAUAAUAUCGAAUUAUCCACCAAUUUUAUUCAUUCAUGGAUCAAAUCUUGCUGCUUGGGCUUGGGAGAAUUUUUGUCACUGGUUUUCGAAUAAAGGACAUGAUUGCUACGCUAUGAGUUUUCGAGGACACGGACAAAGUACAAAGACUCCUAAUAAAGAUAAAUGGUGGUCAUUAAGUGAGAUUACGAAUGAUAUAUCAGUCGUAACCGAUGCAAUCAUUGCUAGAACCGGAGAUAAACCUGUUCUCGUGGGACAUUCAUUUGGAGGAGGAUUUCUUCAGAAUUAUCUCAAAAAUAAUCACCAGAAAGUGACGUGCGGAGUUUUGUUCGCAUCAUCGUCACCUUAUAGUUACAAAUCAAUCACCUUCGUAAACGGUUGUAAAACUUUUUUAAGUCAUCCAAUUAUACCUAUCCUUAAAGCGCUCUUUAAUUUAAACACUUAUGCGUUAAUUGAAACUCCUAAAUUAAUGAAAAGAGCUUUCUUUUCUAAGGCAUUUCCUGAUUCUAUGGCCAGAGAAAUUCAUCCAAAACUCGAAAAAUUUUCUUUUAUCAAAGGAGCGAUUAUAAAACUUAACAAGCCAUUUGUUGAUCCUUCAAGAAUCAAAUGUCCUAUGAUUGUGAUUGGUGCCGAGGAAGACAAAGUCUUUAUUGAUAAUUUAAAGAAUGUCUCGGAAAUUGCCAAAGCUUAUGGCGUCGGAUUUGAUAUCAUUAAAGGUGCAGCACACCAUAUUAUGUUGGAUCUUACAUGGGAAGAUGCUGCUAAUGUUAUUUUUGAUAGAAUCCACGAAAAAAUUUGGGAACGAAAAAAUUAA